AUGGCAUCAUAAGCCAAAGAAUGUUUGAUCGAAUAUUCAGUUACAGGAAAACCUUUAAAGAUUCGAAUAUUGGUAUAAUUUAUAUGUAGUAAUCAAACUUCAUGGUUCAUACUAAAUUAGCCUUAAAUAAUUAUUGUGUAAAUAGCAUAUUCAAUCAAGAACAGACUCUCUAUGUACAAAAGUAAAUUUCGAUAAAUCUUCAGUUAAUUACUAUUUGAAUUGAAAUUCACACAGUAAAUAUCAUUAAAGAAUAAAUCUAAAAAUUUAUUAUUACUUAGAGAAUUUUCAGCAAAUUAUGAAUUGUAUGGAGAAGCAUGUCACUUUAAAUAAAUAAUUAGCUUACUAGGUUGUACUUUAAGGUUUUUAUUACAGUUGUCAAAGGAGGAAUCUAUCAAUGGACAAGGACAAGAUCAAUAGCCAAAUUCAUAUUCGCCUUGA